UCCAUUGCAACUAUUGGUUGAGAGACAGCAGGUUUACUUUUUACAUCUGUUGCUAUCAAUCACACAAGCCCUGUACAUUGGCUUACUUUCACAAGACAGUUUUGCUCCACUGUUUUGGCUUUCUCUGCUGAGAUCUUGCGAACCAGUCACUACAUCAAAACUUUUAUUGUUGGAGAUUUUAACUGGCAAUGCAGAUUGGAUUUUCAUUCUCUGCUUCAUCGUAAUUUAACCCAUUGCAGCUUUUCUUCAUUUUAUCCUGGACUUUAAAGGCACACACAUUUGAAAAUAUUUGAAAAAAAAGGAGUUUGAAUCCGAAUAUACAGUACUUGAUUUCCAACAUGGCCUCACAGAAAGUUUGGCUAUUUUGCCUGGUCCUCACAUUUAUAUGUUCCUUCCAAAUGAGUUUGAUAUCUAAUGUCAAAGCACAGGAACAUACUGCUGUACAAGAUGAUGAUGAUGAUGAUGAUGAUAAUGAUGUAACUGAGAAAUCUCCAGCAGACCAUGACGAAGAUAAAGAUGAUGAUGAGGACGACGACGACGACGAUGAUGAUGAUAAAGAUGAUGAUGAUGAUAAAGAUGAUGAUGAUGAUAAAGAUGAUGAUGAUGAUAAAGAUGAUGAUAAAGAUGAUGAUGAUGACGACGAUGACGACGAUGAUGAUGACAAUGAUGAUGACAAUGAUAAAGAUGAUGAUGAUGACGAUGACGAUGAUGAUGACAAUGAUAAAGAUGAUGAUGAUGAUGAUGAAGAUGAAGAUGAUGAUGAUGAUGACGACGACGACAACGACGAUGAUGAUGAUGAUGACAACGAUGAUGAUGAUGAUGACAAAAUUGUAAAAAAGCAUGAUGAUGAUGACGAUGAUGACAACGACGAUGAUGACGACGAUGAUGAUGACGACGACGAUGAUGAUGACGAUGACAAUGAUGAUGACGACGAUGAUGACGACGACGAUGAUGAUGAUAAAGUUGUAAAGAAACAGGAAGAGGAUGAUGAUGAGGAUGAUGAUGAUGAUGAUGAAGAUGAUGAUGAUGAUGAUGACGAAGAUGAAGAUUAUAAGGAAGGUUCUCUCUGCCAUUACUGUGAAUUUUGCAAGCACUGUGGUGAUUGUGAAAAGUGCCCCUGCGAUGAAAAGGACAAGAGUGAACACUGUAAAAAUUGCGAGUAUUGUCAGUUCUGUUAUGUCUGCCCAGUUAUAUGUGAGACAGCCUGCAAGCCUGGGAGCUACAUAGAUGAACUUUCAGGAGCACUAUACAAGACCGUGGCUAAUAUAUUUGAAUAGAAUUUGAUCUCUCUACCCUGGAACAGAAAGCUGGUCAUUGGAUUAAACAUACUUGGGUAACAGAUAUACCCUACUCUGGCUUUUCUAAUAGUCAUGAACAGAAGUCAUGAACUCACUGAGCAAACAAACUGACAGUAAUCCUUCUUCUCUGUGAACUUAACCAUGUUUGGGAUGUGAUGGCAAGACCUGUCAUUUGGGAUUCUUUCCCCUGUUAUUUCCACCCAUGCCCAUUUUUAGAUCAUACAUCCACGAUGGACCUCUCUAAAUGACAGCAAGAUAGCCAGCCACAAGAUCUUUAUUAUGUUUUCCCUAUUAGUGUCUUCUACCUCCUGAAUUAAAAUCUGUUUCUGUUGCCUUUAAUGACAACUCUAUGUUGUAUGUCAAAUAUAAACUCUUAAUAUCCUAGGCCAAUCAUUUGUCACCUGAAUUAAAGACACAAUAAACUAUCAGCACGGGCAGACCCUAAAAAAUAGUGUCUUAAACUGGGAUGACUAGGGGAAGGGGAAUUGAGACUAGAGUGAGCAGGUUUCAAACUUUGUACACAGAGCAACUACAAAUGAAUAGAGGAAACUGAAUAUUUCUUUCAUUUAUGACAAAUGAAUGUUCUUAGCAUGCACAAGAGACUGGGCAUCAAACACAUAAAUUAAAGGAAUAAGCAGUGGUUCCCUUUUAUGAUGCAGUAAAAUCUGCUUAACAGCAAACAAAAUUCCUAUUAGAAGCUGAUUACUACGCAAAUACUUUUUGCUCUUUGUGUCACUUGCAUAUAACUUUUGCACUAUUCACAAUAUUGUGAUCAUGCAAUGAAAUCAUGCAACAGGCAUAUUUGUAGGACAUAAUUACGCAUGGAAUAAAUCAUGACUUUUAAAAAUAAUAGGAUUCUUAAAAAUAACUAUGUAGCGCUCUCAUCUGCCCUAUGUCAAUAUUGUUAUUGUAUACUCUCUUAGGGGAUGUGGUUAAUUUAUUUAAAAUAUGUUUGUAAGAUUUAGUGCUCCUGAUAGUAAAUGCAAUCAAAGGAGUGGGGAACCUUAUAAACUAUAAUAUAUCUAAACAAAAAUAGCAAAACUAUUUAUUUUUGUGAAAUGUUAGUAGUCCAAAAAAAUGAAAUAAUAAAUGUAAUUGUCGUC